AUGCAAGACGAUCUCUCGGUGGGCGACGUAUUCACUCCGCAGGCGGACAUGUCCCCACCCCGUGCAGAGACCAAAACCAACGCCAUUCCAGACACCAACUUUCGCAUGAGUGAAUGCAGUCCUGAGCGCAAGGCGACGAAGGACCUUGGCGCGAUCAAUCCAUUCCCAGCGCCGAAGUUGAAUGCGAUCCCGUUGGCCGGAAAAUCGGACCGACGCAAGAAGAAGAAGAAACAGCAGGGCAACGAAGCAGCUUCCGCCAUCUCUACUGUGCGUGGUUUUACUCCCAGGGGAUCCGGCGACGAAGACUCGGAUUUAUCGGCUUCGAGCUCCAGAGCUCCUAGCUCAAAGCGGCAUCCCGUGCCUACGAGCAAUGGCAACAAUGGCGGGGUAAGUGCCUUGAAGCUUCAGCUUGAUUCUCUCGACAUCUCUGGCGAUCGUCCCCAAAACGGAGCUCCCAGUGACAUUUGCUCCGCGACCCCAAGCAACGCCAGUGUUUGCUCGGACAGCGAUCAGACUGAGGUCCUCACCAGUUAUGAAGUGCCUCUGGACCAUGAUUAUGUGAGCGCCGAUGCUGCGGCAGAAGAGAGCUUUCGGAAUCCCUCGAAUGUUCAGGAUGUACGCUCUCAACUAUGCCGCAAGAUGACCACCGAUGACUUCGAGCCCCUGCUCUGCCUGGGCAAAGGCUCCUUCGGAACUGUUCUACUGGUGCGUCAUGUGCUCACGGGCAAGCUCUAUGCGCAGAAGCAGUUUCGAAAGGCCUCCAUCACCGUCCACAAGAAACUUGUGGAGCAGACAAAGACGGAGCGUACUAUCCUGGAGAGCGUGAAUCGCCACCCGUUCGUCGUCAAGCUCUUCUACGCAUUCCAGGAUCACGAGAUGCUGUAUCUGAUUCUCGAGUAUGCCGAGGGCGGCGAGCUAUUCACGCACCUGGCGAUGGAACGGAUGUUCGACGAGGAUGCGGCUGCCUUUUACAUGGCGCAGAUGGUUCUCGCUCUUGAGCACCUCCACCAGAACGUCGGGGUGAUCUACCGUGACCUUAAACCGGAAAAUUGCCUCCUGGACCGACGCGGCCACCUCGUGCUGACGGACUUUGGCCUCAGCAAAAUUGCCGUCGAUGACGACGACCGCUGCAACUCGUCCCUGGGCACCAUCGAGUACAUGGCGCCAGAGGUUGUCCAGGGCAAAUCAUACGGCAAGGCCUGCGACUGGUGGUCUCUGGGAGCACUGGGCUUUGACCUGCUCACGGGAUCGCCCCCCUUCCGAGCCAACAACAACGCGAAACUCCAGGAGAAGAUCGUCAAGCAGAAACUGACCAUGCCGUACUUCCUCGGUCCGGAUGCUAAAGAUCUGCUCACGCGGCUGCUUCGCAAGGAGCCCUCCAAGCGCCUCGGAUACCACAUGCCCAAGGACCUUCAGACCAUCAAGAACCACCGAUUCUUCCGCAAGAUCGACUGGAAGGCCCUCGAGCGCCGUGAGCUCGACCCGCCCAUCAACCCCGUCGUGACGGAUCCCGCGCUGGCGGAGAACUUUUCGGUCGACUUCACUCAACUGCCUCUCAGCCCCAUGGUCGGCGGUUUCGACGAUUCCAUCACGGGCCCUCGCCGCCCAAGCCAGCCAGGCAUGUCCGCCGGACAUGAUGGACUGGGCGGAGAGAACCCCUUUGGCGGAUUUAGCUUUGUUGCUUCGAGCAGCCUGCUUGACCAUGGCCCUGGAAUGAUGACUGCUGGUUACUGA